AUGCCAGCCGACGCAAAAACUCAAGCUGCCACGCUUGACAAGUUCAUCCAGGGAUGGAAAGAAUGGACACCGGAGGGUAUGAUGGGUGCUAUGGGCGAAGGCUACACGCAACGCACACUUCCGUUUUCGCUGGGACAUCCACCACGAUCGAAGCCUGAGGUCGAAUUCAUGCUCCCGAAGCUGAUCGACACCGUCAGGAAUUACAAGCUCGACAUAAAGCACAUCGUCCACGAUGCCGCGCAGGGAAAGGCGGUUAUUUACGCAGUCUCGGCUGGAGACACACCAUUCGGAGACUGGACGAACGAGUAUGCAGUAUUUCUCACGUUUAGCGAAAACGGCGAAGCGGUGCAAAGUGUGGAGGAGAUGGUCGAUUCGGCAUUUAUGAAAGACUUCAUGCCAAAGUUGCAGAAACACCUGGUCGAGCAAGGGCUACUGUCUCUAUAA